AUGGCCUUCAACAAGAAAUACGCCGGGCUCCCGGAUCUGGACUCCGCCCCAGAUAUCUACGAAACCGAUCCCCCCGACCUAACGGACGGAGCAUCCACCGUCCCCACAACCACAAUCCGCACAGACUCCGACAACGGUGACGCAGCCUCCGACAUCGACCGCGAAGGCGUCAACGCCGACCAAGCGCGUCUGCACUUCGAGGGCGCGGCCGUGGACGCCCGCAAGGCCAAUUUCUCAGAUAGCAUUGCCGAGAAGCGGUCCGCGUACCGGAGUAAGAGUCACAGCCGUCGCCGUCGUCAGAGACGGAGACGCGAGGAUGGCACCGAGGAAGUUGGGGAUCUGAGUGAUAGUGAGGAUGAGGGUGUGGAGAGGAGUUUGGCUAGGCUGAGGAGGGAGGUUGAGGAUCUUAGGAUUGAGAUGGAGAAUCGGCCUGACGCUGCUGCGGAGAAGGCGGAGGGGGGUUCUGCUGCUGGCAAGUCCGGGGAGGAGAAGGAGAAGCUUGGUGAUGGCGUCGCCGAACUGAGCCGUGCCCUCGACCAUCUGUAUGCCUCUUCGCGGGGUGAUCUUGCCUCCUCACAUUCAGCUGCCGCGCUGCUCUCUCAAAAGCUAGCCUCUGAUACCCGUCCCGCUGUUUCUGCAUCCGCAUCCGACUCGCAAUCGCAAUCACAAUCGCAACAACAACCAAAACAAUCUACAAAACCAGGGGAUGCAGCCAUAUCAUCUCCAGCGCCCGCACCCCCCUCUGCAGGGAUACUCUCCCACGCCGCAGCCUUCGACAGCCGCCUAGCCCUCAUCGAGUCCUCGAUGGGAAUCUCCAGCUCCUCGAACCCAUUCAUCGCAGACGGGACCUCCUCGCCAGCCUUGCAACCCGUCCUGCCAGCACUCGAGCAUCUCUCCGCGCGCCUCUCCGCCCUAACGGGCCUCCUAGUCGGCACGAACCCAGGCUCCACCACAGCCCUCAGCGCAGCGCCACCGGGCUCAGGCGCCUCCGCCGUACCGGGACUAACAACGCCACACCUAGAAGCCCUCUCAACCCGCGUCCGCAAACUAACAACAGACGCCGAGGCGCUCGCUUCCGCGCGCCGCCGCGCGAUCGACUCCGCGAAAGCAGCUCAAGCCGCUCGGAUCGCCUCGUCCACCUCGGAAGACGGUCUUGACCCCGCUUCUGCCUCGGCCUUUGGCCCUGUCGACGACGAGCACGCAGCCAAGAUCAACGCUCUCUACGCUACCCUCCCGACCAUCCAGUCUCUGCACCCCUUACUCCCCAGUGUCCUGGAGCGUCUGCGCUCUCUACGCGCGUGCCAUGCCGGCGCGGCGCAGGCGGCUGGUGAGCUGGAUGCGCUGGAGAAGCGACAAGCUGAGAUGGAUGAAGAGAUUAGGCAGUGGCGUGAGGGGUUAGUUGCUGUUGAAGAGAAGAUGGCGCAGGGUGAGGUGGCCCUAAAGGAAAAUGUCGAGACGGUUGAGCCUUGGGUGAGGGAUUUGGAGAAGCGGCUUGCGAAGUUGGGUGGGAUGUAG